CUCAGUUUUCUCCUAUCCAAUCAGGUGGAAUGUUUGACAGGCACAUGGUUUAUACAGCUCAAAAUAACUUGGGACCUGUGAGCUGACAAAUGCUCUGGCUCCGGUGGUGACAGGUUGUCCAGCUUCUUACAGCCAUCUUCACUGAAACUAAGGUUAACUCCUCACUCUCUAUGGACGGCUACUUUCUAUUUCCAAGAGCGUGAAGAAUUUUCUUUUUCUCCUGUGCAUUCAUCUAAACGUUCUCCUUGGAUAACAGUCAUCACAGUGGAGUGCCUGGGUUGGACAUCCUCAUCUGGGUCAACUAAAAAAAGAAAGCAUGCAAGACGACAGCAUAGAAGCUUCUACUUCCAUUUCUCAGCUCCUCAGAGAGAGCUAUUUGGCAGAAACCAGACAUCGGGGAAACAAUGAGAGGAGCCGAGCAGAGCCUUCUUCCACCCCUUUCCAUUUUGGCAGUCCUCCUGGAGCUGCAGAAGGGGGAGGCGGCCAAGAUGACCUUCCAGACCUUUCAGCUUUUCUGAGCCAAGAAGAAUUAGAUGAAAGUGUCAAUCUGGCAAGACUGGCGAUCAAUCAUGACCCUUUGGAGAAAGCAGAUGAAGCUCAAGCUAGAAAACGUCUUUCUUCUGAUCAGAUGAAACACCCAUCGAAAUCAAGUUUUGACCCUAACUUCCGCCAGGAUAACUCCCCAAGUCCUACCAGCUCUACCGAGAGCCCUCAGGAGGCAACGAGGCCACAGUAUAGUUCUGAGGCUCAGUCCAAAAAACUAUUCUUAAAUAAGGCUGCUGAUUUUAUUGAAGAGCUGUCCUCCCUUUUCAAAGCCCACAGCUCCAAAAGGAUUAGACCCCGGGCCUGCAAAAACCACAAGAGCAAAUUGGAAUCUCAAAACAAAGUUAUGCAGGAAAAUAGCUCCAGUUUCUCAGCUCUAUCAGAAAAACGAGAAAGAUCAUCUGUUCCCAUUCCCAUCCCUACAGAUACUAGAGAUAACGAAGUGAAUCAUGCCCUUGAACAGCAGGAAGCCAAGCGGCGUGAGGCUGAGCAGGUUGCCAGUGAGGCAGCUGGUGGAGACACCACCCCAGGGUCUUCACCGUCAUCCUUGUACUAUGAAGAACCUCUGGGGCAACCUCCCCGAUUCACUCAAAAGUUAUGGAGCAGAGAAGUCCCAGAAGGAACCAGAGUGCAGUUGGAUUGCAUAGUGGUAGGAAUUCCACCACCUCAAGUAAGGUGGUAUUGUGAAGGCAAGGAGCUUGAAAAUUCCCCAGACAUUCACAUUGUCCAGGCGGGAAAUCUGCACUCACUGACCAUUGCUGAAGCCUUUGAAGAGGACACAGGACGCUAUUCCUGCUUUGCUUCUAACAUCUAUGGAACAGAUUCAACUUCUGCUGAGAUUUAUAUAGAAGGGGCUUCUUCUUCUGACUCAGAAGGGGACCCUAACAAGGAAGAGAUGAAUCGAAUCCAGAAGCCAAAAGAGGUGUCACCCCCUCCCACUACUUCUGCAGCCAUUCCUUCAGCAGUACCCCAAGCCCAGCAUGUGGUGGCCCGGCCGAGUGUAUCAACCAUCCAACAGUGUCAGAGCCCUACUAACUAUUUGCAAGGAUUGGAUGGAAAACCUAUCAUUGCAGCUCCGGUGUUUACAAAGAUGUUACAAAAUUUAUCAGCCUCAGAGGGUCAGCUGGUCGUCUUUGAAUGCAGAGUGAAAGGAGCUCCAUCUCCCAAAGUUGAGUGGUACAGAGAAGGGACCUUGAUAGAAGAUUCCCCAGAUUUUAGAAUCUUACAGAAAAAACCUCGAUCCAUGGCAGAGCCAGAGGAGAUUUGUACUUUGGUCAUUGCUGAAGUAUUUGCAGAAGACUCUGGGUGCUUCACAUGUACUGCAAGCAACAAAUACGGCACAGUGUCAAGCAUCGCACAGCUGGAUGUAAGAGGAAAUGAAGACCUCAGAAAUAAUGGGUCUCUUCACUCAGCCAACUCCAUCACCAACCUGGCUGUGAUUGAGCAGCAGCCAUCCCCACCCAACCCACAGCCUCCUUCUGUGGAACAACCCCCUAAACCCAAACUCGAAGGGGUUCUGGUGAACCACAACGAGCCCCGGUCCAGCUCAAGAAUCGGGCUCCGCGUACACUUCAACCUUCCUGAAGAUGACAAGGGAAGCGAAGCGUCUCCUGAGGGUGGCCCAGUGACUGCCAACCAGACCAGGCCUGAUUCUUUCCUGGAGAGAUUCAGUGUACAGCCAGCAAAACUCCCGGAACCUUCCUCACCUGUCAAAGAGCCCCCUCCAGUCCUGGCCAAACCCAAACUCGACUCCAGCCAGCUCCAGCAGCUUCACAACCAGGUCCUGCUGGAACAGCAGCAGCUGCAAAACCCAUCUCCUUCGUCGCCUAAGGAGUUUCCUUUCAACAUGAGUGUAUUGAACUCCGUUGCUUCCCCAGCAGGGACAAUGCCCAGCAAGCCUGUGAAGACCCCCUCAUCGCAGGCGUUCAGCCUGGCCCGGCCCAAGCUUUUCUUCCCCUCCACCAAUUCCAACACCGCCAUGGCAGCCGCGGCCCCUGCCAGCUCCCCAGUGUUCACCCUGAGCAGCACUCCUCAAACCAUGCAGAGGACAGUGAGCAAAGAAAGCCUCUUACUUUCUCACCCCUUUGUGCAAACCAGAUCUCUAGGAGGAGUUUCCGUCCAGAAUGAGCCACCCCCUCCAGGUCCAACGGAGCCAGUACAACCGCCACUCUCAUUUCCCAUCGCCGGCGGACACCAGUUUCAGCCCCGCUGUGUGUCUCCAAGUCCUGUCUCUCCCACCAGCCGGAUUCAGAACCCCGUGGCUUUCCUCAGCUCUGUCCUGCCUUCUCUCCCUGCCAUCCCACCCACCAAUGCCAUGGGGCUGCCCAGAAGUGCACCAUCCACGCCAACCCAGGGGCUAAUGAAGAAAAAUACAAAGUCUCCCCAGCCAGUGAAUGAUGAUUACAUUCGUGAAGCUAAGAAUGCAGUGAUUCUAGACUUGGGGAAAAAAAUGAAUUUCAGUGAUGUCAGAUCAAACCAGCAGGAGUACAAAAUUUCAAGCUUUGAGCAGAGACUGAUGAAUGAAAUAGAAUUUCGCUUGGAACGUACCCCUGUGGAUGAGUCCGAUGAUGAAAUCCAACAUGAUGAGAUCCCCACGGGCAAGUGUAUUGCUCCCAUCUUUGACAAAAGACUCAAGCACUUUCGAGUCACAGAAGGCUCUCCAGUCACAUUCACCUGCAAAAUUGUUGGAAUACCUAUCCCAAAGGUCUAUUGGUUCAAAGAUGGGAAGCAGAUUUCCAAGAGAAACGAGCACUGCAAAAUGAAGCGAGAAGGAGACGGGACAUGUUCUCUGCACAUCGAGUCCACCACCAGUGAUGACGAUGGCAACUACACCAUCAUGGCUGCCAACCCCCAGGGGAGAAUCAGCUGCUCUGGCCACUUAAUGGUACAAAGUUUGCCUAUUCGCAGUCGACUAACAUCUACUGGUCAGUCUCACAGAGGAAGGUCCCGAGUGCAAGAAAGAGAGAAGGAGCCCCUACAGGAACGCUUUUUCCGACCACAUUUCCUGCAGGCUCCUGGGGAUAUGGUAGCUCAUGAGGGGCGCCUCUGUCGGCUCGACUGUAAGGUGAGUGGCUUACCACCCCCAGAGCUGACAUGGCUGCUCAAUGGCCAACCUGUGCUACCAGACGCCUCCCACAAGAUGCUGGUCAGGGAGACUGGAGUCCACUCUCUGCUCAUUGACCCUCUCACUCAACGUGAUGCGGGGACCUACACGUGUGUUGCUACCAACAAAACCGGACAGAAUUCCUUCAGUCUGGAGCUCACUGUAGUAGCCAAAGAGGUGAAGAAAGCACCUGUGAUCCUGGAGAAACUGCAGAACAGCGGAGUUCCCGAGGGCCACCUGGUGCGGCUGGAGUGCCGGGUGAUAGGCAUGCCGCCGCCCGUGUUCUACUGGAAGAAGGACAAUGAGACCAUUCCUUGCACCAGAGAGAGAAUCAGUAUGCACCAGGACGCGACGGGGUAUGUCUGCCUCCUCAUUCAGCCAGCCAAGAAAUCAGACGCCGGAUGGUACACACUAUCAGCAAAGAACGAAGCCGGAAUCGUGUCGUGCACUGCUAGGCUGGAUAUAUAUGCUCAGUGGCACCAGCAGAUCCCACCGCCCAUGUCCAUCCGGCCCAGUGGCAGCCGCUAUGGAUCUCUCACCAGUAAAGGACUUGACAUUUUCUCUGCCUUCUCCUCCAUGGAAAGCACAAUGGUGUAUUCGUGCUCUUCUCGGAGUGUGGUGGAGAGUGAUGAACUUUAAGGCGGUCUGGGUGCCUGCUGUGCACGGGGGCAGACUGUGGAGAGGGAAGGAGGGUAAGCCAGAACCAGUGUUUCCCAAGCAACUGGAUCUGAGUGAGUUCCCACACUGCUGGGCCUGUGGCAAGGAGCGCUUUGUGUAAAUCCACUGCGGACUCUUGCAGUCUCCGCUGGGGCUGUGCCUUUUAAAGAUUCCAACAACAAUGUGAGAAGACAAGAACAGAUGAACCAAAGAUGUCAUGCCGCUGCCACCCACUGCUUUGGGGGAAAGCUAGCAUGCUCCCCUGCCCCAUGCUGGGUUAGGGAUGUUUAGACCCUACUAGGAGCAAUUAGGGGCCAUAUAUGCUUGGGCUGAGAAGAGUUCAACAGUAGUGACCUUAGGUAUCACUAACUCACCAAAUAAUAAAAAGGAAAAAGAUGGGAGGCCUCCAUCACCUUUCAUUGAUUACAUCCAUAGCUAGCUUUAGUCUCGGUGGCUUCAUUAAGUCCGCUUCUACUUAGCAUCAGGAGACCAUGCCAUGCGACUCACACAUGUGGAGAAGCAUUUUUGCUUAUCCUGGGUGUACUGAGCCACAAAAUAAGGUGCCAAAAUGUGCUUGAGAUACAAACUCACUGAGACACUCGAUAUUGCACAAGUGCACUUAUUCUAUAGCCAAAACAGGGCUCCACCCACCUGUCUGCACCAUUUUCUUUUGGAUACAAUGGUGAGUGGAAUUUAUAUAUCCCUAGACUCUAGAACAGUGGUUCUCAACCUUCUGGCCCUUUAAAUACAGUUCCUCAUGUCGUGACCCAACCAUAAAAUUAUUUUCGUUGCUACUUCAUAACUGUAAUGUUGCUACUGUUAUGAAUCAUCGUGUAAAUAUCUGAUAUGCAGGAUGGUCUUAGGUGACCCCUGUGAAAGGGUCGUUCAACCGCCAAAGGGGUUGCGACCCACAGGUUGAGAACCGCUGCUCUAGAACUAUGGGGUUGCUAAUAAACCAGCCAGUAAGAAAUAUUCUGUGGGGACACUUUUUAAACUACUAGCUUCCAUGGCCACUUGCAAACUAUGCAAGAGUCACCUUUGUCUGCCCAUAAGUAUACUGACACUCCCAACUCCUUCCCUCUCCCCAAAAGUCUGGAAGUGUAUGAGGGAGUGAGGAAGAAAGAUGCAAACAAGGGAAGGAAGUGAUGGGAGAGUGUUCUUCACUUGCCCCUGCAGAGCAGUGGGUGUGAAAGGAGAGGUCUUUAAUAGUUGUGAACUGCUAGGAGGUCAUUAACCAAAUUGCAUUUUCUAUAUAUAAAAUAGUACGCUAACUGGGAAAGUAGAAGGGGAGGGGAAUUUGCCUCUGUAUUCUAACCCAAUUCAAACCCCGCCUUUCAACUUAAGGGAGUUUUAGACAAGUUCACUGCAAUAUCCCCAGUGCCUAGAUGAGUGCUUAGCACAAGUAGACAGUCAACAGAUAUUUUUUGGGUGAAUGAAUCUUACAUUGAUAGAGAAAUCUACCAUUCACACACCAGCCCAAAAAUUGCCCUGGGACUGCUCGUCACAGCACAGUUUGCUCCCCAGCUAUAUGAACCGGAAGCAUCUGUUACCAAUCCCCUGUGCCCAAGUCUCUGGUGUUCCCUGAGCUGGGCACCCUCAGCAGGCAAAUUACUCAGGUGAACAAAUAGUAAUUGCUUAGAAAGGCUUGACAUUUUCUUCACUUCAAGGCAAGGAUUUUCAGUAUAAAAAUAAAUUCAUUCACUCAAAAAGUCAUUUAUGUAUUUUUAGAUGCUAUGCUGGAGACUGUGAGAUACAGAGAUAUGAAUAGGACACAGUUCCUGGCCUCAAGGAGCUUACAGUCUAGUAGAGUAGGUAAGAUAUAAGGCAUGUAGAGUGCUGCUUCUUGGGACUAUAUAUAUAUAUAUUCUUUAUUGAAUAGAAGUUUCUUGUUCUCUUCAUCCUAUAUUUUUCAUGACUCUAAAAUCAAGGUUUUGGUCAAUUAUUUAGCAGAAUUAUUAGAUUUUGUUUUCUUUUUCAUGUAUUCAGGAACCGUGCUAACAAUGUGGGCAACUGUAAUAAAAUAGCAUGUAUUUCAUGUAGAAUGCAUCCUGCAGGAUGUUCUAUUUCCCUACUGGCUUCUAUUAUGAAAUCUCCUAUAACCAAAGAGAACUUUCUAACUCCAGGAUUGCUCCUUCACAGUUGUGCACCCAGCACCCCCCGACCAUCACAUUUCUGUAAACCCUAGACAAUUCUCCCAUGGGAGGAGAUUUUCCAUCUCUAUUUGUCCUAGCUUUCUGAAUACUUUUUUAAAUCUGUUGCCUUUUGGUGUUUGAGAACUGGGACAAAUAUUAUAUUUGGCCAUUAGAUGGCACUGUCUAACCUAAAAUAUAAAAGCCCCCCCAAAUUUGAAAUUGAGCUAUCGGAUGAUGGAAAAGCAGGGUUUCUCAAGGUCAGCAUUAUUGACAUUUUGGACUGGAUAAUUCUUUGUUUGAGGGCAUCAGUAUUUUUAAAACAUCCCAGGCGAUUCCAAUAAAAAGCAAAGGUUCAGAAAAGUCACUUCAGAACUUAUCCAGAAAGGUCCAAAGGGAUGCAGAUGGUAUAAAGCCGUCUGGUUGGCAUCGGCGAAGAACGUACUCCCCCCUUGUUGCCCAUGCAGUGCCUGCCUGGGAAGUAGAAAUAAACAUGCACUCUGGCCUCAUUAGACCCUACUGUUCUGUCCAAUGUUCACUAGACAUGUGUCAUUCAUGAAACCCCAGAAGAACCUCAAAAACGUGCAAAAACGGACCAGCGAAAGUUGGUGCAGUUCAGCUAGCCCUUUGUUUCAGAAAGCUCUGCUGAUCCCAUAAGCACCUUUCUCUCCAAAGAACCAAAGGGCUUUUUAUAACGCAGUCAUAGGAAUGGAGAUUGGUGAGAAAGUGGAGAAAGAAAACGGGCCAUUAAAACCACACCGUCUUUCUGAAACAUAGUGCCCUUCACCAAAGCAAGGUUUUAAUUAGAACUGCCAAACAGUGGAACUGGUUUCAGUGCAUUCUUCUCUUUUUAUUCCUCUCUUAACUUUUGUAGGCAGCCAGUGAGAAAUUAAAUGGUCGAGAGACUAGACGUGGUAGCGCUGUCGCUCUGAAUCACACCUGCCAUGGAGAGUAACUCCCAGAGGAAUCAAAAGCCGACUUUUGUAAGGAUGGGUUAACUUGGAAAAUCCUCAAAUGAUACAUGGGGUGCCUUCUAAGUGUUCACUUGUGAAUUGGUUGUUUAAAACUCAGAACAAAUUUUCUUACACACAUAUCACCCAAUACUAUAUUCCCAAGUGAACCCAGUAACUCCCAUUUAACUCAAGACGGAGUUACAAAUUCUACUGCGCCUGAUUGGGUGAUGAUCCAACAAUAGGGAUCCAGGUAACACAGCCAAUGAGAGGAGAAGAAAGACGUCCUCCUCCCUUUUUUGUGUCUAUGAUGUGUCAAAGCUAAAGAAUGUCUAUGGUCCUUCUGUAUUUAUCCCCAUCCUGUGUUUUUCUCCUCAGAUGCCCCGUAUCCCAUGUUCUAUAACCCCCUGCUCUAACCCUUCCCAUCUCACCCCUUCCCUGUCAGCAUGUCAGCGUGCUUCAUGGUCCAAAAUGACCUACUCCAGUUCCACACAUCUUGGCUUGAUGUUCAGAGAGAGCAGUCCAAUUGAACAAAUUCUGAAUGCCUGAGAGUCCUUUAACUUCUCAAAGGUGCUGCAUUUCUAAAAGCAGUUGCUUUCUUACUCCCAUCAGCAACUAAUUGAUAGAAUUGCUGACAAAGUACA